GGGUGAAUAUUUGCUGAACUAUACACAUUAAGACCCAUAUUUCCAGGCUCAUCUGAAUUAGACCAGAUGAUUAAAUUAUGAGAUAUUCUUGGAAGCCCAACAGAGGAAGAAUGGCCAGAAGGACAUAGAUUAGCUGAAAGAAGAGGCUUGAUCUUUCCUAAAUGAGAGAAAAUAGAUCUUUCAACAAUUUUGAAAAGAGCUUCCAAAGAAGCUAUUGAGCUAAUAGAAUGGAUGCUUAAAUAUAAUCCUUUGGAAAGACCAUCUGCAUCUCAGUUAAUAAUUCACCCAUUCUUUUCAUCAGAAUUAGAAGAAUCCAUGCCAAAAGAGAAAGAUAUUGAGACUUUUGACUCCCUAAAAAUAAGCCGAAAUGGGAUAAGGAUUCGUAAGAAUCAGAAAUUCCAAGGCCUUAAGCCAAGCAUUAACCUCACUAAAGGUCUUGAGGAGUUUGGUAGUAACCUAAAUUCAUAUCCAAGUAUCCAAGGUUACCAAAAAGUAGGAGGGAUGCAGAGCCCUGAUCGUAAUUCUUAUCCUUCAAUGUACCAAAGUACUGAAGAAUCUAAGUACAGUGAAGUUGAUUACAAUAAGUUCAAAGACUCCGCUCUUCUUGCUAAUGAGAAGAAGCGUAGGAAGAAAAAUGAACCAAAAGAAGUAGUUAGGUCCGGGCUAAAUAGCUAUCAAAGUUUAGGCGACCUAAAAUCAGACAGAGUUUUCAAAAAUGCUGCUCUUAAUUCUAUUGAUAAGCCACCAAUGAUUCCUCGAAUUCCUAAAAUGCCUAUUGUAUCCAGAAUCAAAGAUACCCAGAAUAAGGCUAAGAAUAAUUCCUUAAGGCGGUCUAACACUUAUAAGAACUUUAAAUAGGGUCUCUGAGAUGGAUAGGGCGUCAGCUCCUAUUGAUAAUAACGAAUUCAGAUUUCCCAGCUUUCCAGUCCAAAUAAGCCCAGAUCCGUCACUUGCCCAUCUCCAAGGCUAUCCACCUCCUCAAAAGCUCCCUCCUCCAGUCCAACCAGAUGAAUACUACUCUCUCAACCGAAGAGACCACUCAGAAGUCGAACAAAGACGUAUAGGACAAUAUGACCACUACGAUCCGCCAGCUCUCGCUGCUCAAUACAGCAGAAGCAUAAUAGCUUCAGACCCCUUCUUCCAGUCAGCUCAGAAUUACGCGACCAACCAUUUCCCUGACCUUGGAUAUAAGUAUGAUAAGAAAGGAGCUGGCUAACCUCUUAUAGAGGUUUCAAGUCCCCCUUUGAAGGGAUUUAGGU